AGAGAAUUGACAUGCACAUGAUUCAUUCGUUGGGAGGACGUUUUUGAUGAUUAUUUUGUACAUUUAAUACAGCAUAGUUUAAGUGCCUAUAUAGCAUAUUUGCAGCAAACGAAAACCGGCAAAACGCCACGCAUCGGUAGAUGACUCAUACCGGUAUUUUACAUUUCAUAUUAUUUGUAACGUGAAUUGGUCAGUUCCGAUGGCUGCUAAGGGAAAAAAUACCACCGAUGGCUACGAUUAUCAGCUGUAUACUCUGCUAUAUUGUGAUUUUCUUUUGCGUGGUAAUGACCGGCUAAGCGAUUAUAAAAUCGGUAGUGAAAUAGUUGAAUAUGAGGCGUUAGAAGAUGUGGUUAUAGAAGCAACGUUUAAGGAUGACAAAUGUCUUACGUAUUGCUUGCAGGUAAAGCAAGCGGAAAGCGAUAAAUUCAUCGAUAUGGACGCACUCGCGAACGAUCAGAACAGGCUGAAGCUAAAUGUACUGAAGUAUUUCAAAUCGUUCCUAAAAAUCACUAAGCCAGUAGGGAACGCCACUCCCGUAGUUCCUUUGACUAAAUUACAUGAAAUGAUAAUCUGGUGUCCAUUUAAGAUCCACGAUAACGUACUCGAUCUGUUUCAGCAAUACAGUCCAACUGACUAUGAUUUACUAAAACCCCAGCAGUCAUAUUUGAACUACGGACGUUACCGAAUAGUGGACUAUCAAAAGCUGGCUGAAAACUUUCUGGAGCAAACACAUCCUUUAGCAGUGUUAGCGGAGAAAUUUGUUAGAGCAAUAAGUCGAAAAGAGCAGUGGAGCUCAAAGGGGGCAGCCAAAAGCUGUUAUAGGGUUAUGGCCAGAGAGGUGAUUAACAAUAACGGUGAUAAAUCAUCAUUUCGUGACGAAUUUCUUAGAGGGGACCAAAGUUUGAAAGCAGAUACGUUGCUGUUUCGAAAACUUUUUGAACAAGCAUUAAGGAAAUCCCCGAAAUGUAGCAAAAAUUUUUCGCUGCAAGAGCUUAAUAAAUUGUUACAAAAUAAUGUCUUUCAGUUAAUAGUGGACCCUGCAUUUACAAUAGGAAAUAACGAUAGUUGGAACGUUAAGGAGUAUGUGCCUGUAGAGCAGGAUUUAAAAGAUUUUUUUGAUCGCUUUAUAUUCUAUGUUGAAGUACCGAAAGUGCCAACCAUUAAAAGUGUUUUGCUAGAAAUGUUGAAUCCUGACUUCGAUCAGUUCGAAUUUUUUAUGGAUAAAUGCACUUUUAACACAUUUAUAACUAAAGAACAAAUAACACUUAUUCUAAGUUUAAUAAAGAUGCGAAAGGAAAUCAUAGAACAAGUUGACGCAAAGUUACAGUUUGAUAAAUCAGCCUUAAGCAAACUGCGAGAGAGCAUCUCGGAGUGCAAAUUUUUACAUAUUGAUGCAAUGUGUGAUCAGAAAUGCAGUGUUUCUCGUGUGUUUUCUAUAUUGAACAACGAUCUUGAAGUAGCGGAAAAACGAUUUGUAUUUUUUCCUGACUGGAAUAGUUUCAUAAAGGAGAAGCAACUUUUGUUGUCUAUUUUGGCUUAUAGUGCGCUUUCCAAACAUGGAUUGAAAUACAUCGUUGUUCGUUGCGAUACAGUCUUACCGUUCAGCGAAAUCAGCCUCGAUUUUUCGUCGGUUGAUGUUCAAAUUCUGGUCGUUGUCAAUGAACGAUUUGAUGCGUCGCCAUGUUAUCAAUGGAGCGUUUACAGUGAUGAUUUCGAUGUUUCGUUUUUAUCAAAAACUUCUAAAGACAUAGUAAAUGGAAAGGAGAUUUCUUUUUUCGGUGGUACUUGCGUCAAAGUCAAAGAAUUUUUUACCGAAAGUGAAUUGUUUGUAAGGAACAAUUAUAAAUUAGUAUUAUCGCUUUUUAGGACAUCCGGGGUAACGUAUAUAGGUGACAAGCUAGAGUCAAACCCUUACUUUGUAGCUAGAUCAAUUAAGCAAAAAGUAGCAGAAGAGAACGCAAAUAUCGAUCUACUUGGCAUUGACAAUACUAGGCCAUCCUCUGUCAUUAUUUCCGAUAAAACCGGUAUGGGAAAAACAACCGAAUUGAUUCAUCUAGCAAUUAAACUAAGAGAAAAAUACAAAGAUUCAAUUAUUGUUUAUCUCAGUUGCAAUCAAGCCAUUCAGUUUUAUCCAAAACAGGAUAAAAAGGGAGACAAAAUCCUUCAUAUGAUAUGCGCAUUAGUUGAAAACCGCAACGAAUCAGUAACAUUACUGGUAAAAAAAUUGAUCGACAUGCAAAAGUGGAUGCUACUUAUUGAUGCUUACGAUGAAAUUGCUUCCGACUUUUAUAAUCAUUUAAAUACGAUUAUUAAAAGUGCUUUGGACGCUGGUCUUCCACACUUAUACAUUACAACUAAACCACAUUUUGAAAAGGCAUUAACGGAAAUACUUCCGGAAUCGGUCGUUUGCACUUUAGGGGAGUUUACUGUGGAAAAUCAACUAGAAACACUGAAAACACGAGGAAUCGAAGAACAAACUGCAAGGGCGAUAAUCGAAAGAUAUUCAAGAAUUUUACGACGACAAAAGGAUUCCUUACUAGGAAUUCCCAUGCAAAUUAAUAUGAUAGUGGAGAUUUAUACAGAUGAUGAACAGCAUGCAAACUUUACAGUUCCUGAACCAUACGAGAUAGGUGCCAUAGUGGAAAGAUUUACUAACAUAAAGUUGUCUAGAUAUCUAGAAAACUUCGUUGAAUACAUUGAUAUUCAUAAAGAAGCAAUGGAAUUAGCUAAAGCGGCAUUCCCCGACGGCCAUGUUCAGCUCGCCCGAAGAAUGUUCUUGCGCGUACAUGAUUCAGACACAAUCAAGCUUUGCAAAAAAUAUUUAGUGUAUAAAUUAGUACAGCAAAAACCAUCAAUUGGAUUUGUUCAUGAAAUCUAUCAAGAUUUUUUUCUCACCAUGUACUUACUGAACUAUCACACAGAUAACGAAAUAUUCAAAAAUUACAUGAAGAGAAACCUCUGCAAGGAAAGAAUAAAUAUUGCUACAAGAUUCCUUGACUUCCACAUCGGUAAGAUGCAUACAACAGCGACAUUAAAAAUGUUGAGUGAAGAAAAUAUAUCAGUCGAAAAUGAAACUCCUUGUACACUUACAUUGCCUCCAACUAUUCGUAUUCCUUUCGAAAAGCAUAAACAGUUUCACUGGUACCUAAGCAAUCAGUGCACAGAAGACGAAGUUUAUACUCUAAUACGCACCAGCUUCAAUGCUUCGGCCUUCAACGUAUUUGAAGUGCUGUACGACAGCCUACCGAAGCAGAUUGGACGUGACAUAAGGUUUCGCUUUGGAGCCAAAGAAUUCCCACAGAAAAACAGCAAAAAAUCGCGUCUGGCGCAAUCCGAAUUUAUCAAUCUGAAGCAAAUGGGUGAAAACCAGGUACUGCAGCUGUUGAGCAUCCUCAGAAAAAAGCAUCCCGAAUCGUUUGUUACGCGCUUUCUGACCGAUUUCCAGAACGACGAAGAAGAUUUUCUGGAAGUUGCCUGUCGAAAACCGUUUCUCGUGGUGUUGGAGUGGUUCAUUAAGCUCGAUGACGUAAAAACCGGCGAACAUCAGUUGAAUGCCUUGUCGAGCUAUGUGCAACGUCGUCUGGCCGGAUAUCUGAGGCUGGUGGUUCUUCAUAAUAAUAGCAGACUGCUGCAGAAGGUUGUAGAUUGGGUAAAAACAAAGUUUUUAGAAGCAGAAACAUGUGCAAUUAUUAAAGAAUUGAAUAUUAUUAAAGUGUUCAUCGAAAACAUUGCUGUAAAAGGAGAUACAAAAUCGUUACUAAUAGAUCGUAGAGUGGAGUUGAUCAAGAUUAUGUCUGAUUUAUUACAGUGGGCAUGUAAUGGGACCGUACUAAACUUAGAUAAUGAAUGCGUUUGUAUAGUUAACAACAUGCAAAUUGCUGCAAUAAAAAGUGAAUUAGAUUGUUUUAUAAAAUCACACUUUAAACAUGAAAAUGCAUGAAAACUUAUAUAUAGAGUCAAGAUGGCCUGAACUAUCUAUAAUAUAUUCCAGUGAACAUGUAACUGUGCCUUGCUAGUCUUAGAUAGGAACUAAGUUUUUUAAUUAACGUCGUUAGGGACAUUGCAGUCAAUAGUUUAUUUAAAAAAUUUGAUAGAUGUAUAUUUUAUAUG